AUGCUCCGCCUAUGCCUGAUUGGCCUGCCACUGCCCCAGCUCAUCACUGUGCGGCGCGAGGGCAUGUGGGAAGCCGAGAUCGCGGUGGUAUUGCACCUUGCCUUCUCCGUGAUCCUCUUGGCGAUUGAAGUGUUCUCAACCUCAGUGGUGCGAACUUCCGUCGCGGCGCAAAGGGAUCAACAGCUUUGCUGUUCAGGCCCAUCUUCCGAAUCCAUGUCGGCCUCGUCUAGAUCGAUGAUCGUGGGCGACAUCAUCGUAGGCAGCCCGUACAUGGACAUGUGGCAACCUAGAACCGGCAGGAACGACCUGGGCCGGGAGUGGAAGAAUAGAGGGUUCACUGCAAGAGCAGCGCGAUCCGUCCGAUGA